AUGUUUGGAUCAAUCAACAAUGGUGUCAAUAACAGACAACAACAACAACAACAACAGAAUAAGAAGGGAUUCACAAACUUCAAAUGGGCCAAUAAUGGAGACCUACUGACCUUCCCAUCGACUCACUCCAAGCAAUCAUCACGCACAUCAAACAAGGAUGCUGACGCAGCCACAGUAACCAUCGACAAGGUUGCCAUAUUGAGUGGCAUGCGCAAGUUCUAUAAUGAGAUAUACUCUCAUUUCUAUACACUUCAAACUCUGGUUAAUGAGUCAUCUCGGUCAUGUAGCCCAGAUGAAAGAGUGCGUGAGAUCGCUGCGAUUAGCAAUAGAUAUCAAUCAGUAUUAUUGUCGACACGUGAACAACUACAGCGAUCAUUGGACAAUGCCUCAUAUCUUGACUUUGACGACGAAGACAACAAUGCCCAUCCAUUCGAUCAACAACUAAUACAACGCGAAAAGUCAAGGAUAGAGGAUAUUAUGAGACAGUCAAAGGCAUCGAAUGUACAAUUGUUAGUGUUUUGUGGCAGCGUUCAUUCGAUCUACCCAUUGCUCUGUGCAAAGUUGUCGAGGGAGCAGCGUGUGAACUGCAGGCUGAUCGCCAGAGAGUCCAACACACCGAUGGGUCCAGAGAUUAAGCGAUCACUGGAGCACAUCCAAGAUAUGUUGACCGUGCUCGACAAGCAAAAGUACGCCCAAAGACUUCAAUACAUCGACAGCGAGUUUGGACAGCACCUGGACAACCUGACCUUUGUCGAGUGCGACUCUCUGUACCAACGCUAUAAAGGCGAGUGCGAGAACCUUCAAGUACUAUCGAUCAUUUGGAAGAUCACACAUCUGUUCUACUUCUCAUCGACUAUCUCACCAUACCAGCUGUUGGACUGCCUGCAGAUACAGCGCCAGAGACUGCUGGCCAGACAGUCGACCAUGACAGAGAGUAGCGCACUCGAGUCAGACGAGGGCUUUGACUAUAUCAAUGAGCUGCUCGUCACUGGAUGCAUCAAGGAGGCCAUUUACAUGCUCAACCUUCACUCGCGUCUGCCCAAGUCGUCCAUGUCCGUGCGCAUGUCCACGAUGCGCAAGUCACCCAUUGGCAGCAUCAUCGAGCUGUUGCAGCGCAUGCCAAUCCUGCAUCGUCUACAAUCACACAACGCAGCCAACGAGUAUCUUUCGCUGUGGGCAAGAUGGUAUCAGGAGGCGGAGGACCUGCGCAUGGCCUACCAUGGCACAGUGGACCAACACCUGCAGGCCAUCCUGGAUAUCAUCGCGGGCAAUGAAGCCACCGUGCAAAAGUACUCGAGCGGCGAUUUCCUCACAUCGGUCGUGGCCAACAUCCUGUUUGUCGAGCAUCAGAGCUCGAUCGCCCAGAUCAGACAGCUCUUCCUGCGCUGCUACCAACGUCUGGACACGCGCUCCACAGUCGAUCGCAUCAUGCUCUCGUUUGCCACGUCCGACCUGGAGAAGGCGCUGAAGCGCACAAGCAAGCACUUCCCGACGUGGACUGUGGCGCACAUCACCGACCUGCUCUACCACCAUCCCUACGUGCUCAAGAAGCACUACACAGAGUCGUCGCCACUGGACAACAUCAGAGAUGGACUGUUUGUUGACUAUGCCCAAUUCCUCUCAUCUCAGCCAUCUCUAGUCGAGGUUGCCUGUGGAUAUCUCCAGCACACCAAGGCUGGCAGUCUAAUCAUUGAUCAAAUCAUCCAGCACCAACAGAUCACCUCUGAGAGGCAAGCACUCAAACUUCUUCGUCUAUGUCAGUCCGAUGAGUCUGAGAGAUAUAUCUUUAGAAUGUUGUCCUUGAAGGACUUUGAGAAUGAGAGAUAUGCAUCAGCACUUGGAUGGCUGUUGAAGGGAAAGGACACAGCUAGGAUCACUCAGAUGGUCAACUACUUGUUGACUGAGAAGUUGGACUCCAACUUACUGGAUGACCUUCAAUCAUUAAUGGAAGCCAAUCCAACUGAUGUUGAACUCUACAAAGAAUUGGACUUCCUCAUCAAGUACAAAGAGUUGAUUACAUUGUGGAAGAACAAGAACUUUGAAGACUAUUCCAAGUGUCUAUGUGGUAUGCUCAGAGACAGAGUUGUACCAAAGCCAUUCUGGAUGCGAAUGCUGUUGGAUGUUGUGCCAAUGCUCGAGAGUGACAAGAAGGUGUACUUUAACAUGGACGACACGGUACUGAUGUUGAAUUGUCUGGAGGAGAUAUGCUCACCACAUCUGAUGGAUCAAUAUCUCGAUGGUGUCUCUGAUCAGGAGUUACAAACACUUCGUCUGGCACUUGCAAGGAAUGCUUCCAAAGCAUUGAUGAUGUCAACCUCAUCAUCAUCAAUCAAUCAAAUUCAAUCAGAUCAAUCAUCCAACAUGAUGAUGAUUUCAAUGACCCUUACCCUUACCCUUACCCUCGCCCUUGCCCUUGCCUUUGCCCUUGCCCAUUUGCACAUUGAAGUGGUAGUAACGUUUUUGAAUGAACUUUCAAUUUAA